UCCUCCUUUAAAAAAAAAAAAAAAAAAAAGGUCUCGUCCUCCCCCUGACUUGCCCUCCCCCUUGUCCUGUACCCCCGGCCCCGGGGAGGAGCAUGGCACUUCCACCCUCCCUAGCUCAGGAAGUGAAUGCUCUCUAAUCCUCUGUGUGAGUCCCACGUGUUUUCUUGAUACAUCUUUUGCCAUGGAAUUUGAGGAGCUCGGGAUUGGGGAGGAAUGUGGGGUUUUCGGAUGCAUCGCUUCGGGGAAAUGGCCUACCCAGCUGGAUGUACCCCAUGUCAUCACCCUGGGGUUAGUGGGACUGCAGCACAGAGGACAGGAGAGUGCUGGUAUUGUGACCAGUGAUGGGGAACCUGAACCAACAUAUAAAACCCACAAGGGAAUGGGUCUUGUCAAUCACGUGUUCUCAGAAGAGACUUUGAAGAAGUUGAAUUUAAGUAACUUGGGCAUUGGGCACACAAGGUAUUCAACAACAGGGAAUUCUGCCCUGGAAAACUGUCAGCCCUUUGUGGUAGAAACUCUGCAUGGAAAGAUUGCUGUGGCACAUAAUGGAGAAUUGGUAAAUGCUGCAAAACUCAGACGCAAGUUGAUGCGACAUGGAGUGGGUCUGUCGACAAGUUCGGAUAGUGAGCUAAUUACACAGCUUCUGGCUUUUACACCUCCUUUGGAAGAGGAUCACACCCCUGAUUGGGUAGCACGCAUAAAAAACUUAAUGAAUGAAACACCUACAUCCUACUCAUUCCUGGUCAUGCACAGUGAUGUCAUAUAUGCAGUACGCGACCCUUAUGGGAACAGACCACUCUGUAUUGGACGUCUUCUCCCUGUGACCGCUGAAGACAAGGGACUCCCAGUAAAGAACCGUACUGAGACCGAGGGCUGGGUCGUCUCUUCUGAAUCCUGUAGCUUUUUAUCUAUUGGUGCAGAGUACCAUCGGGAAAUUCUCCCAGGAGAAAUAGUUCAAAUUUCUAGACAUGGAGUAAAGACUCUGGAUAUCGUGCCAAGACCAGAAGCAAGACAACCAUCUGCUUUUUGUAUUUUUGAAUAUGUCUAUUUUGCACGGCCUGAUUCCAUGUUUGAAGGACAAAUGGUUUAUUCGGUGAGACGAAGAUGUGGCCAGCAGCUGGCAUUAGAAGCUCCCGUAGAAGCUGAUAUGGUUAGCACAGUGCCAGAAUCUGCCACACCAGCAGCUUUGGGCUAUGCUGAGAAGUGUGGCAUUCAGUAUGUGGAAGUACUAUGCAAAAAUCGUUACGUAGGACGGACCUUUAUCCAACCAAACAUGCGGUUACGGCAGCUUGGAGUGGCCAAAAAGUUUGGCGUUCUUUCAGACAAUUUUGUUGGCAAAAGAAUUAUACUGAUUGAUGACUCCAUUGUGCGAGGAAACACCAUCUCUCCCAUCAUAAAGUUGUUAAAGGAUUCCGGCGCCAAAGAGGUACACAUAAGAGUGGCUUCUCCUCCUAUCAAGUACCCCUGUUACAUGGGAAUUAAUAUUCCCACCAAAGAAGAACUCAUUGCAAACAGACCCGAGUUUGAAGACUUGGCAGGUUAUAUUGGUGCAAACAGCGUUGUAUAUCUUUCGGUUGAAGGCCUAACAUCAGCAGUCCGUGCCGGUAUCAAAGACUUCAAGGAACAGAAAGGUUUAAAUGGCAAAACCACACCUGCAUCAUCCAUUGGCCACUGUACGGCAUGUCUUACAGGAGAGUAUCCUGUAGAACUGGAAUGGUGAAAUGUCCGAUUUCCAUCCUUGGGGUGGACCUCCAUGUCCAUGUAACUGUGCUGUAUCUGGUGAUAUGUGAUGGACCAUUUUUAUUUUCUUUUUUUAACGGAUGUACAACAGACUCCCAGUACCUUGAUGCCUCUACAAGCAAUUACUCUGUGCUGAAGCACCAAUAAUUGCAGAAACAAGAAACCAAUUCCUGUGAGCUGUGGAUCUUGACUGUUAAUGCUCUGGAGAUUUUCACAUGUACAGUGGCAUACAAAUGUGUAUUAACGUAAUGUGUUUUGCAUUCAAAAAA